AUGACUUCUCAAGUAACUCCUUCCAAGGCGGCUGCAUCUGCCAUUGAGGGCCUGAAGAUGGGUGACUCGCCUGCUAAGAAGCUCAACUUCGAGGCCGUCGGCAAGGAGAACAUACCCUUCAAUGCCGACGCGCCGGUUGUUGACGACAUCGAGAUCAAGAAGCCCAUCGUCGAAGAGGUCAAGACCGAGAAGACAGUGGUAGCAGUUGCACCAACGAUCAAGCCAGAGGAAGCUGAUGAGCCACUUCUCCAAGAGAACCCUCAACGCUUCGUUCUCUUCCCGAUCAAAUACCAUGAGAUCUGGCAGAUGUACAAGAAGGCUGAGGCUUCUUUCUGGACCGCCGAAGAGAUUGAUCUCUCAAAGGAUCUCCACGACUGGAACAACAGGCUCAAUGACGACGAGCGAUACUUCAUUUCACACGUCCUUGCAUUCUUCGCAGCAUCGGAUGGAAUUGUCAACGAGAACUUGGUUGAGCGUUUUAGCGGAGAGGUUCAGAUUCCCGAGGCUCGAUGCUUCUACGGAUUCCAGAUCAUGAUGGAGAACAUCCACUCUGAGACAUAUUCUCUUCUCAUCGACACAUACAUAAAGGAGCAGGCUCAACGCACAUAUCUCUUUAACGCCAUUGAGACCAUCCCUUGCAUCAAAAAGAAGGCCGACUGGGCAGUCCGCUGGAUCCAAGACAAGUCCUCUACCUUCGCUCAGCGUCUUGUGGCCUUCGCAGCUGUUGAGGGCAUCUUCUUCAGUGGUUCAUUCGCCUCCAUCUUCUGGCUGAAGAAGCGUGGUCUCAUGGCUGGUCUUACAUUCUCCAACGAGCUCAUCUCCCGUGACGAGGGUCUCCACACCGACUUUGCCUGCCUUCUCUUCUCCCACCUGAAGCACCGCCCAAGCAAACAAGCCGUCCAAGAUGUCAUCACCGAGGCCGUCGAGAUUGAGCAGGAAUUCUUGACUGAAGCUCUUCCUUGCGCUCUUCUCGGCAUGAACUCGGCUCUCAUGAAGCAGUACAUCGAGUUCGUUGCUGAUCGUCUCCUUUUGUCUCUCGGCAACGAGAAGGUCUACAAGGUUUCCAACCCGUUCGACUUCAUGGAGAAUAUCUCCCUUGCCGGCAAGACCAACUUCUUCGAGAAGCGUGUCGCUGAUUAUCAAAAGGCAGGCGUCAUGGCUGGCACACAAAAGAAGCAUGAGGACACCGCUGCCCAGACUGAGGCCAAGGCAGAAAACGGUGGUGACUUCAACUUCGAUGAGGACUUCUAG